ACCAAUCAAAUCAGUCCACAGCUUCAAAGCAUCCAAUCAGGCAUGAGUCUGGACCUGGAUUUCUACUGAACUCACAAGUUCAUUACCUCACUAUCACUUUGUCUAAACAGGAACGAUGAUCACACUCUUUGUCGCGCUUUACUCUCUUUUUUCUCUCCGCACAGCUGUAAAAACUUCUGACAUCAAGGAGCUUCAUGUGAAAACAGUAAAGCGUGGAGAAAAUGUAACUAUGGAGUGUAGCAUGAGCAAGGACAAAAACAAAAAUAAUUUAGCUUGGUACAGACAGAGUUUUGGAAAAGUGCCUCAGUAUUUUGUAAGACUUUACGGACAAAAUAAUUACAACUUUGUUGAUGAAUUUAAAGAUAGCCACUUCAGUAUGACUGUAAAUGACCAGAAGUUUGAUCUCAACAUUAACGGAACGAGAGAAGAUGAUGGAGGAGAAUAUUUCUGUGGAGAAGUGGAGGGAAUUAUAAUAAAGUUCACAUCUGGAACACGUCUGCAAUUUGAAGGUGAAGAGAUGAAACACUGUCCUACACCUGGAACGGUUAACAUCAACACAGAUUCUGUUACAGGGUCCAAUGAGGGUUCAAAGAGCAGUGAUGGAAAAGACAACUUUUGGAUUAUUGUCCUAACGACCUCCAUUAUAAUAUCUCUUAUUGUAAUCGUGUUUCUGCUUGGAGUUUUAUAUAAAAAUCAGAGAAAAGGGGCUUCCAACGACCAUCCAAAUAACACAAAUCAGGCUGAUGAUGAAGAUGUCUUGAACUAUGCAGCUGUGAGUUUUGCUAAGAAACCUUCAUCCUCCAGAGCAUCCAGAGACAAGAGCCAUGAAGACGUUUAUGCACAAGUUAAAAUAAAAUAGAUAAAGAGAAAUGACUUCAGAAUUGAAACACUGUACCCCUUUGCAAGAUGUAACUGUCAUUAGUCAUUAGUCUUUCAUUAAGUUUGAAUAGUUUCUAUUAAAAUUGUAUUUGGAAUAUU